AUGUUUAUAAGUGUCAUUGAUUUACAACUCCAAGAGCUCAAUAAUAGAUUUGAUGAGGAAAAUAUGGAGUUGCUUAUUUGUAUAUCAUGCUUAAAUCCGGUCAAUUCAUUUGUGGCAUUUGAUAAGCAAAAGUUGAUGAGACUUGCUGAGCUAUAUCCCAAUGAAUUUCCAACUAAUGAUAUGACAAUGACUGCACUUCGUCAUGAACUUGGAUUUUUUAUUGAUGAUAUGCGCAAAGAUGCAAGGUUUGGAGACUUGAAGGAUAUUAAUGAGCUUUCUAUGGUGCUUGUUGAAACAAAUAAGCAUAAUUCUUACAAAUUGGUUUACUUGCUUAUACGACUAGCAUUGAUCCUUCCGGUGGCGACUGCAAGUGUGGAACGAGUGUUUUCAUCAAUGACUUAUGUAAAAAAUAAGUUGCGGAAUAGUAUGGGCGAUCAAUUAUUGAAUGAUAGUUUAGUCACUUUUCUUGAGAGAGACUUAUUUGCUAGAGUGAGUGAUGAUGAUGUAUUGAUACGCUUCCAAAGUAUGAAAACUCGAAGAAUGCUUUUUUAG